GAAAUCCUCUCACUGUCAAACCGGACGCCCAUUAUUUAGCACGCACGGCGGGGUGGAGGCUACCAACCAGGAACAAGCAGAUACAGUAAUCUUAACCAAGAUAUCCAACAUUUAAGCAAGACGCUUGAAAUGGCUUCUAAUAAUGGUUCGGUUGGAAAGUGGGAAGUAGUUAAGAAAGGGAAGAAACCCAAUAACUCAGGAGGAAAAAACCCGGUGGCUGACAAGAAAUCCGGUGGGGGAAGGAAAGCGUUGACGGAAUCGAACCUCCACACGCUUCCUCCCCUGAAGAUGUCCACAAAUGUAUUUGACGGUUUUGAGAAGAUGAACAAGAAGCAGAACAAGGAACAGGUGCCGCCACCGGCCGAGCCCCAACACAAGAAGCCUGCGUCAAGCAAGCCCAAGACGUCAACCCCGGCCCCCACAUCCACUCAGCAUAAAACAGUAGAGGAUGCCUUUAAAGCCUUUGAUGUUGGGGACUUGAAGCACCAGUUGGAGCGCAGUCAGACUCUAUUCCCGGAAAACCCGUCCGUGUGGGUUAAAGACCUGGCUGGUUAUCUCAACCACAAACUGACCGCUCCAGACACAGAGCCCACACUCAGCAGCUAUGCUCACGAUUACCCAUACUGCCUUGCUGGGAAAGAGUUACAAAACGUGAUCAAAGGCCUGAUUGGUCGAUGUAGUGACACCCUGCCUGACUUCUUUGACCAUUGUGUUUAUACUAUGCUCAGAGAGCUGGACAAACACACAGGGGAGUCUCUUCACGGCUACAGAGUUUGUAUUCAGGCCAUCCUACAGGACAAGCCAAGAAUAGCCACACAAAACCUUGUUGAAUAUCUGGAGUUGCUGCGGUCAGUUCAGAACCGUCCAGUGAAGUGUCUGACCAUCAUGUGGGCUCUGGGCCAGGCUGGGUUCCAUGACCUGAGUCAUGGGCUGCGAGUGUGGCUGGGUAUCAUGCUGCCCGUGCUGGGGGUGAAGGCCCUGUCAUCGUACGCCAUCGCCUACCUGGAGAGGCUCCUCCUGCUUCAUACGAACCUGACGAAAGGAUUCGGCAUCAUGGGUCCCAAAGAGUUCUUUCCUCUGCUGGACUUUGCCUACAUGCCCAAGAACGCCCUGUCGCCAAGCCUCCAGGAGCAGCUCAGGCGUCUGUACCCUCGGCUGAAGGUCCUGGCGUUCGGAGUCAAGCCUGAGAGCACGCUCCACACCUACCUGCCCUCCUUCCUCUCCAGAGCCACGCCUCACUGCCCCAACGACAUGAAGAGAGAGUUGCUGAGCAGCAUGACUGAGUGUCUGUGUGUAGAUGUUCAGAGUUUGGGCGUGUGGCGGCAGCUGUACACUAAACACCUACCACAGUCCAGCCUCCUGUUGAAGCAUUUACUGAAGUCGUGGAACGUCCUGCCACAGAAGUUGCGCAAGAAUCUAGAAGAAACCGUCCAGUCAUUCAGAGUGACCAACGAGGAGAUGAUAGAAGUGUCAGACUCCCAGGAGCUUACAGAGUGCAAUACCCUGUGCCAUAGCCUGCAGCUGAAGAUGCGUGGCCGAGGCUUCCCCUGGUCCAGGCUGCUCCUGGUCCUGCUGGUGUUUGCUGCGGGUUUUGUUGCUCAUGAUGUCAGAGUAAAUGGCACAUUCUCAGACUCCACCACAGCCAGGUAUCUGCACAGUUCAGGGGUGAUGGCUGUGUCUCUGCAGGCCUGGAACAAAGUGACCCUAUACACCCAGCAAGGCCUCAGCUCUCUGGAGACCAACACCCCUUACUAUUACUCUGAGUGUGUGCGUGUUCUUGGACCAGUGCUGGAGCAAGGAUGGGACAAGACGAAGGCUGCCACAGUCCUCCUCAGUGACCACACCCUCCAGCUCAUCACCUGGAUCAGGGAAAACACACCCCUGCUCAUAGAAUGGCUCAGCGCCAACACCCCAGACAGCGUGUUCCAGGUGCUGGAGUACCUGAAGCAGCUCCUGCUGUUGCUCCAUCAGAACUACCUGCUGCCCGCCCUGGCAUACACAUCAAACCUACUACAACAAGCCUGGACCAGCCUACAGGAUUCUUGCAAUGGAGAGGUGUCUGUAUCCUGUCUCCAGGGCCACGCGUUGGCCUUCACCAACUCCACCUGGCACCUGCUCCAGGACACGACGUCAGCCCUGAAGACCUGGGCUCAGCAGCUGCUGAGCCGGGCAUGAGACACACAUCAGACACACACACAGCUCAGCUCUCAUACACACACACACACAACUUACACUUAUUCCCACUCGCACGCACACACACACACUGAGACUACCUUUGCUUGCGUUGGCCCCCCUCUUGGCCCCCCAUCAGCCAUGUCCAGAGGUGCUGGAAGAAGGAAAGCAGACUCUCUACAAUGGACCUUUCUCAAAAUUGUUAUGUCUUCUGGUUUAUUUCUACUGAUCUGCCUGCUAUUUUCUAACUGUUGUUUUUUUACCUAAACUUUUCUCACUCUGGAUGCAAAAAAGCCCCUCCUGUUUCUAUCUGUUGAUCACGCUACAACACAGUACAAUCUGAUUUUACAAACACAAGACGGAGCUUUAUAAAUAGAUACUCUGAUUUAUAAGUGGUUUCUAUGCAUUUCUUUAUGAACAGUUCCCUUGGUGAAAAGUUCCAGAGGGGGGAACAGACUCAAAGCCCACAAUCCUUUUUUGUGAUCGUACUUUGCCCUCACGAGUGUUGAAGGGCAGGGCAAGUUUUUAAGCUACAUCUCAGUGACCAUGGAGACUGGUCCCAUGUGUGUGUAUGUGUGUGUGUAUGUGCAUGUGUGUGUGUAUGUGUGUGUGUAUGUGUGUGUGUGUGCGCAUGUUUCUUGGUGUGUGUUUGUGCGCCAAGCCUCUGCUGAACAGUUUAUAAACUUAUACAGUUUAUAAGCUUAUAAAAAGCCUUUGUGUCAGGGAUCUAGGCUGUGGGAGAUGUGGAGGUGGGUCACAUCCGCUGGUCUGAUUGGCUCCCUCAGACGAGAUUUGAAACGUAUUAAUCCACCCUGCAGCAUGUGUAGAGCAGAAGAGUUUUCUACCAGUCCAGCCCUUGUAGGUGUAUGAGGUUGAGGGAAUGAGGUCACAUAGUGCAGUGAUGGAGAUGGAAGUUACCUAAUCUAAUUUAUCUAUCAUGCUCCCGUGAAGUUUUAAUUUUUUCUUAUCUCAUUUCGCCUGUCCUUUCCGUCUCUUUUCCUUAAAAUUUUUGUGUAAAAUUGAUACCAUACAGCCCCUUGUCUUGUCCUCACCCUUCUCUUGUGAUUUGAAAGCUGAGCACCGUGGAUAACUACUGCUGCCUCCCUCAUGUCUUUAUACUUGAAAGCUGAUGACCCAUUGUGUGCGUGUGUGCAUUGUGCGCGUGUUGGUUGUUGUGGAGUAAUGAAUGCUCUCCGACCUACCUCCUGUAUGCUUUGAAAGUUUAGCGUCCCGUUCCUCUUUCUUUCUUCUUGGCUCAUUAGGAGCCGUUAUGACCGUUGUGUCCUGAAACAAUGAUUAAUUUGUUACUUUGUAUAUGUAAAUGAUUUAUAAUAAAGAUUUCAGCCCCAAU